ACACGGCUCUCGCCGGGUCCUCCCCCUCCGCUGCCGCCGCCUUUGAGCACUCUUUUCCGUGACCCGCAGCCUCUCAGCCCGCUCUGCCCGCCGAGACGCGCCGCACAACGAUGACGUCCCCGUCGAGGAUUCAGCGGAUUUAAGUCGUGGAACACGGUGAAGACCCCCCCCCCCCCCCCCGCGACCCCCGCGACCCCCUCGCCUCUGGAAGUGAGCUCAACCGUUGGACCUGUCAAUCAUGAGGAGCAGGAGCAACUCCGGCGUUAAACUGGACAACUACGCCCGGAUGGUGCACCAAACCAUCCUGAGGCACCAGGACCCGGUCACGGGUCUUCUGCCGGGCAGCGAGGACCAGCCGCACUCGUGGGUCCGAGACAACGUCUACUGCGUCCUGUCGGUGUGGGCGCUCAGCCUGGCCUACAGGAAGAACGCCGACCGGGACGAGGACAAGGCCAAGGCCUACGAGCUGGAGCAGAGCGUGGUGAAGCUGAUGAGAAGCAUCCUUCAGGGCAUAAUGAGACAGCUGGAUAAAGUGGAGAAGUUCAAAUACAGCAGGAGCACCUCGGACUCGCUGCACGCCAAGUACAACACCGGGACCUGCGCUACGGUCGUCGGGGACGACGAGUGGGGUCACCUGCAGGUCGACGCCACCUCGCUCUUCCUCCUCUUCCUCGCUCAGAUGACCGCGUCCGGUCUUCAUAUCGUCUACACACAGGAUGAAGUGGACGUCGUUCAGAACCUGAUGUUCUACAUUGAGGCGGCUUACAAAGUGGCCGAUUACGGGAUGUGGGAGAGAGGAGACAAAACCAACCAGGGCAUCACCGAGAUCAACGCCAGCUCCAUCGGCAUGGCAAAGGCGGCUCUGGAGGCUCUGGACGACCUCAACCUGUUCGGAGCCAAAGGAGGACCCGGGUCCGUGGUGCACGCGCUGGCUGACGACAUACAGCACUGCCAGUCCAUCCUGACCUCCAUGCUGCCCAAAGCCUCCAUGUCCAAAGAGGUGGACGCCGGGGUGCUGGCCAUCAUCUCGUACCCGGCCUUCGCCGUGGACGACAUCAGCAUCGUCAACGUCACCAAGGAGGAGAUCAUCUCCAAGCUGCAGGGUCGAUACGGCUGCUGCCGCUUCCUCAGAGACGGACACAAGACGCCCAAAGAGGACCCGAACCGCCUGUACUACGAGUCGGCCGAGCUGAAGCUGUUCGAGAACAUCGAGUGCGAGUGGCCGCUGUUCUGGACCUACCUCAUCCUGGACGGCAUCUUCAUCAACAGCCCCGAGCAGGUGCAGGAGUACCAGGAGGCCCUGGAGGGCAUCCUGAUCAAACAGAAGGACGGCGUGCGGCUGCUGCCGGAGCUCUACAGCGUCCCCGCGGACAAGGUGGAGGAGGAGUACAUGAACCCCCACUCCGUGGAGAGGGUCCCGCUGGGCAAAUGUCCUCUGAAGUGGGGACAGUCGCUGUACAUCCUGGGGAACCUUCUGAACGAGGGAUUCCUCGCCCCCGGAGAGAUCGACCCCCUCAACCGACGAUUCUCCACCAUCCCGAAGCCCGACGUGGUGGUGCAGGUGUCGAUUCUGGCGGAGAGCGAGGAGAUCAAAGAGCUGCUGCUGAAGGACGGCAUCGCCGUGGAGACCGUCGCCGACAUCCACCCCAUCCACGUGCAGCCCUCCCGCGUCCUCAGCCACAUCUACGCCAGACUGGGUAACCCCCCCUCAAGCCCCGCCCCCACCAGUGUGUGUCUGACCCCCGCGUUGCUGCCGCAGUAUGGAAUUUCAGUAAUCAAUCAAAGUGUGCUGCAGCUGAUCGACCACCAGCAGUUCUACCUGGCGCUGGACAACAAGAUGAUCGUGGAGAUGCUGAGGACGGAGAUCGCCUACCUGGCCUCCAGGUGGAGGAUGACCGGCCGCCCCACGGUCACUUUCCCCAUCUCGCAGACCAUGCUGAAUGAAGAUCGCUCCAGCUUGGACCCGGCGGUGUUGGCGACUCUGCGGAAGCUGCAGGACGGAUAUUACGGAGGAGCAAGGAUCCAGACGGGGAAGCUCUCAGAGUUCUUGACCACCUCCUGUUUCACCAACCUGAGCUUCCUGGACGGUAAAGGCUCCGGCAGCGCGAGCCGCCACGACAAGGAGUACGAUGACGACGACGACGAGGGCGACGGAUACGUGCACGAGUUACGCAAUGACGACGAGGCCGACGACCUCGCCCAGUACCUGGACCACCUGUUGGCUCACGCCACCCCCAAGAAGCCCGAGCAGCAGGGGGGCGGCCGGGGGAGGUUCAAGGCCGUGGCCGCCAAAACCAAGGAGAUGGUGUCUCUGAUGCACAAGGCCCAGCAGCUCGACGUGCACGGAUAGGGGGGUUAUUUUUCUGCUUUUAAAAAAAAAAAAUCUGUAUCUAUUUAUUUGGGCCUAACCACCCCCGCCCUCUACCCUCGCCAGGCGGCGGCGCCGUCUCUGCAGAGCGGCGUUCCCAGAGCGCCCGGCGGCGGCAUCGACUACGAGGCGCUGGUGCGGCUGCUGAAGGACACGCAGAGCCUCCAGGACCAGGCGGACAUCCUCUACAUCCUCUUCAAGGACAAGGGCCUGGACUGGGACACCCAGCUGCACGGCAAAGGCUCCCCGCUGAGAUCUCUGCUGUCCGACCUCUACAAGAAGGCCGGGGAGCUCAAACACUGGAGCCUCAUCCGGAUGAUCUCCGGCAUGCUGAGGAAGAAGGUGGAGGAGCUCGACUCGGCCUGCUCUGAUUUGCUGGCCCAUCAGAAGCACCUGACGGUGGGUCUGCCCCCCGAGCCCAGGGAGAAGACCAUCACCGCCCCCAUCCCCCCCGACCAGCUGGCCGCCCUCAUCGACGAGGCCAGCGACAACAACAUCAGCGUGGCCGUCCUCACCAAGGAGAUCAUGGUGUACCUGGCUAUGAGCAUCAGGACUCAGCCCAGCCUGUUCAGCGAGAUGUUCCGGCUCCGGAUCGGACUCAUCAUCCAGGUCAUGGCCACCGAGCUGGCUCAGUCGCUCAACUGCUCAGGAGAGGAGGCCACCGAGAGCCUGAUGAGUCUCAGUCCCUCCGAGCUGAAGAACCUCCUCCAUCACAUCCUCAGCGGGAAAGAGUUCGGCGUGCAGCGCAGCGUCAGGGAGCUGGACGCCGGCGUCAGUCCCGCCUUCUCCAUCCAUCACCUGGGCAACGUGGGCGCCACCAAGAGCGAGAGGGCCGGCAUCAGCAAGCUGAAGAUCGACAUGAAGAUGCUGGAGCACAGGUUGUCCAUGACGGAGACCAGUCAGGGCGUUCGAUCGCAGUCGAUGGACGUGGAAGCCUUUGAAUCUGGGAGGUGCCGGCUGCCCUCCAUAGACGGUCUGGACGUCCCGGAGUGCUCGCCGGUCGCCAAGGACACCCGACACGGCCAAUGGCUGCGCAGGAGGCGGCUGGACGGCGCGCUGAACCGGGUCCCCGUCGGCUUCUACCAGAAGGUCUGGAAGAUCCUGCAGAAGUGCCACGGGCUGUCCAUCGAAGGGUUCGUCCUUCCGUCUUCAACCACCAGAGAGAUGACCCCCAGGGAGAUCAAGUUCUCGGUCCACGUGGAGACGGUGCUGAACCGCGUCCCUCAGCCGGAGUACCGGCAGCUGCUGGUGGAGGCCAUCCUGGUGCUCACCAUGCUGGCCGACGUGGACAUCCCCAGCAUCGGCUCCAUCAUCCACGUGGAGAAGAUCGUCCAGCUGGCCAACGACAUGUUCCACAAGGACCAGAGGGACCUGGGAGCGGAGGAGCACGUCCUGGAGCGGGACCCGUCCACGGGCGUGUGCCGGCUGCUGUACGACAGCGCCCCCAGCGGCCGCUUCGGGAGCAUGACCUACCUCACCAAGGCCGUGGCGGCGUACGUGCAGGACUUCCUGCCCGGCGGGUCGUGCGCGGUGCAGUGAAAGUAAACAUGACGUAUGACCGCGUGAGAGCAAAGAGGCACAGGAGUUUUUUAUUUAUAGGCUUUGUGUGACAACUUGAAUAACACACUGAAUUGUGAUGAUGUGAAUCAAUAUAUGUGUAUUAAUAAAUGUAUUAAUACACACGUGGUUCUCUAGCUGUGGACAGAGCACGAGACCGACUAUUCUGUUGUGUCCGUUUGGUCAUUUGUUUGACGCCACUGUAGAAGUUGUGUCUCUUUAGUGCCUUUCUGAUUUUUUUGAAGUGUCUUUUUGGCUGUUUUACGUUUUUUUUCCCCAAAUCUAAAUCAUUUCAGGUGUCCUACGAUGCUGUAUGAUGCAUAAAAUAAUGACAAAUAGGACCUAAUCUUUUGAUUAGUUUAUUUUACAGUUCUAAAAUCAUAAUUAAAGGUGUGCGCGUGUGUGUGUGUGUGUGUGUGAAAAAAUAGGAAAACCGACUUUAUUUUUUAACACAAAGAAUUUUGAUUGUGGAAAUUGAAGCUUUUUCAGCAUUAAGUUAUUUUUGAAUGCAGUGAUUAAAUAAGAGAAAGAGCUGAAUUUUUCUGCUGAACUGUAACUUUUAUUGAGUUUUUUUCUUUGUUUAACGGCAGUAAAACCUUUUGCGUAUAUUUCACAUUUUAUUGACACAUCUAAGCUUUAAAUUCAAAAGGUUUUGGAGGAUUCGGUGUCUAGUUGACUGAUACUCAUGAUCCACGUUCAUCAAUUGUACAAUAACCAGACUGAUAUGAUGCUUUUGAGGUAUCAGAGGAGAUCGUCUCGCCACGGGUGAAGCACAAACAAUCAUGGCGGCGCGAGUGAGUCACGUCUCCAUAGAAUUCAACUGUUGGAUUCAUUCUGUAAUAAAGCGGAUCAUCAAGG